GUUCAUUUUGGAUCGGUGUUUUCGUCAUCGACCCUCCAGGAUUCGCCCCUGCCGACAACAAGCUACGGUACCGUAAGAAAACCGCCAAUCCCUCUCAUAAGCAUACUGUAAUAGUCUAUACAGAAUGUACUUUACUGCUGCCUCUUCCGUUCGCAUCCUGGCCGCUCUCCUAGCGGGUAUCGCGACGACGCAUGCCUUCACCGCCCCGCAUUCCCAAACAACGGGCCUCCAACAGCAGAGAUCGGUAACGUCCCUCUCCGAGGCGAUUGUCGCACGGAACGGAUUGUCGUGGGAGGACGUAGAGAUCGGGACCGGUCGCAACGUCUUUCCUGGGGAUCAGAUCCUGUGCUAUUACUCCGGUAGCUACCAGCAAGACGCCUCGGCGGCGUCGGGUGGAUCCAACCCCUUUUUCGCCGCCAUUGCUGGCGGUGGCAAGGGCAAGAAGAUUACCUUCGACGAGACGGAACCAGGCGAACCGGCCGAAGUCGUCGUCGGCAGGGGGCAAGUGAUCAAGGGCUGGGACAUUGGGAUCUGCGGAGACCAGACACUCGAUAUCCCACCCAUGAAAAUCGGGGGGGACCGAAAGCUAAUCAUUCCGGCAGAGCUGGCCUACGGGGAGCGUGGUGCCGGGGACGUCAUCCCGCCGAACACGGUCCUCGAGUUCCAGGUAGCCGUCCUCAACGCCGAACGCAGUGAUCCGGGGGUCAGCUCAGAAGUCAAGGCCAAGGGUUUUGCGGCCCUCGGAGGUUUCUUUUUGUUCAUGGCAGUUUUUGGAUUCCUGUUGGCCACCAACAUAGACAAGAUCUUUUAAAAAAACAGAUAAAGAAAUAAGCGAAAU